GGAAACCAGUCGUCAUGCCAUUUGCUCCCCGAGCGACCGCACUGGUGCUGGUUUUCGAAUCUCCACAAUGGCCGUUGUUGCUCCAAUGGAUGCCUCGUACGUCCCCAAGGUACUGUACUCACUGACCGACGACGACACAGCGUGGCAGAAACAUGCCACCAGCAACGAGGCCCGCGUCCUGGUCAUCUACACCGGAGGUACCAUCGGCAUGGUCAAGGACAAGGACGGAGUUCUCAAGCCGGCGCCGGGAGUCUUGGACAAGCGCUUGCGCGAGUUUCCGCAGCUUCACGACUGGGAAUACGCCAAGGAGCACUUCGGCGACUGCGAGAAGCCUCCGCUGGUCCUGCCUGACACUGGCGAUUCCCUACGAGUGGUCUACACGAUAUCGGAGUACAAUCCCCUGCUGGACUCUUCGAACGCCACCAUGGACGACUGGCUCCAAAUCGCCAAAGACAUCAAGAAGUACUACGACUCCUACCAUGGCUUCAUCGUGCUACACGGGACAGAUACUAUGGCCUACACAUCUUCUGCGCUCUCCUUCCUGCUGGAGAACCUCGGGAAGUCGGUCGUCGUCACUGGUUCUCAGAUACCAGUGUUUGAACCCCGAAGCGAUGGAAGAGAGAACCUCUUGAAUGCCCUCAUCAUAGCUGGAAACUACGUAGUACCAGAAGUAACACUGAUGUUCCACAAUCAACUCUUCCGUGGGAAUCGCGUGAGCAAGUUCAGCAUAUCCCACCUCGAUGCGUUCGCGUCGUUCAACAUGGCGCCUCUCGUGACCAUCGGCAUCAACGUCGAGAUUAAUGGAACUUUGAUUCUUGCUGAACCAAUGGGAGAGAAGUUUCGUGCCCACGACAAGCUGAACCGUGAUGUCGGCCUUCUCCGCCUCUUCCCCAGCAUCACUGCCGAACUGGUGGAGUCUUUCCUGAAACCUCCCGUUGAAGGCGUCGUUCUUCAAACCUACGGAGCUGGCAACGCGCCCACUGCCCGCAAGGACAUCAUGGAAGCUCUCCUAAGCGCUACCAAACGCGGGGUCCUUAUCCUCAACUGUUCUCAGUGUCAGCACGGAGCGGUGGAUCCCGCCUACGAGACGGGAAAUGAACUGAUCGAGGUGGGAGUCAUUCCCGGCGGCGACAUGACUCCAGAGGCGGGACUGACGAAGUUGGCUUACGUUCUCUCAAAGAGCGAGUGGUCUCUGGACGAAAAGAAAAAGAAGCUGCAGGAGAACCUCCGUGGUGAGUUGACCACAGGACAGGAUGACGCCGGCACGAAGGACCAGUAUAACAUAGUCAACCUAAUGGGACCUUGGAAGGCACUCUUCAUUCACUGAUGAUUGUUUGUUUUCACAGUUUAGUGACUUGAACUUCUGUAGCGAAUAAUGCACUUAGUUUAAAACAAGUUCCUUUUAUUGCAACGUGUUGUGAAAAAAAUCCGUUCAAUUUAUUGACAAUUCACUUUUUUUUACUUCAACGUUAUUUGUAUUUUGGUUUUCCAAAAUGAUUAAAAAAAGAGGAAUGUUUUGCAUA